AUGGUCCCAUCCAACACAUUGCUGGCCCUAUGUGCCAUGCUCCCAAUGUUUGCCAAUGCCAUGCCGGCCGCUGUCCGUGAGACUCUAGAGAGUCACAAUGUCACCCUCACCACCCGCGACAUUGCGGAACAUCUAGCCCGCCGCGACGGCGACUGCCCAGAUGCCUCAGGCAAAACCUCAUCCCAAGUAAAUAGAGACAAUGAUGGCUGGGGCUCGUACGUCGAUUCCUGCGGAAACAACGGCUCCUCAGGAAAGGGCGAAUGCUGGACCGAUGUCUACGUGACCAAAGCCCAGACCCAGUGGAAACCAUGGCAGGAGAACUCUGCCAACCUGGACUGCGCCAACUCGCCGACUUGCUCCAUUACCCACCUCGAGUCCCUGCAAGAAUGCAGAACAUGGGAGAGUACCACAGGAUUUAGCGCUGGUAUCACGGAUGGUGUUAUCUCCCUUGGCGUGGAAGCCACCGAGUCAGAGGGUGGUUCUGAGUGCACCACCAGCGGUGAUAAUUAUCUUUGUCAAUGGGAGGACAAGAAGUGUCAUAAGGUCGUUGCAUCUUACCAAGUCAUUCAGGUUGUUGGCUAUGUCCGCCGCACAUGCAAGUCGCCUAACCGUGAUGAUCAGACUGAACGUCCUGACGGAUUCUAUACUCGUGGCUGGCAAGGCUGGCAUGUUGAUCUCCCUACUGGAAAGUGGGAGUACAGCUGCAAGUACGAGUGUGACACUGAUGCCAGUCAGAAGACUGACGAGCUGCCUGAGUUUGGGCCCUGGAAGAAGUUCUAG